UGCCAGUCAGUGCUACCUAUCAAUGCCAAUCAAUGCCGCCUAUCAGUGCUGCCAAUCAGUGCUGCCUAUCAGUGCACGUCAGUGCUGCCUAUCAGUGCGCGUCAGUGCUGCCUAUCAGUGCACAUCAGUGCUGCCUAUCAGUGCCAGUCAGUGCCGCCUAACAGUGCCAGUCAGUGUCGCUUAUCAGUGCUGCCUAUCAGUGCCAUCAGUGCCUCCUCAUCAGUGCCCAUCAGUGCCACCUAUCAGUGUCCAUCAGUGC